AUGAAGUGGGCGCUUCAGGCUUCGUAUAUUAGUAUUAAGGCUUGGAGCCAGGACUGUGACCAAUGCAGAUGCUGUCGAACUUCAUGUAGCCUUGACAACACAGGAAAAGACGUCUGUGUUGCCGGCUGCAUCGAAAGGUAUUGGGGAGACACGUGUCAACAUCGAUGCGGGGAGAAUUGUGUCACGUGUGACCAGCAACUCGGCUGUGUCACGUGCAAGGAUGGUUUCUAUGGUGACAACUGUGAGCGUAAAUGUGACAACCAGAGUUGCAGAUGCUCUGCUGAAUCCAGCUGUAUUUCCUGUAGAGUGGGUUUCUUCAGUUUUGGCACGAGUUGUACCUCGUGUCUGCAGCAAUGUGCAACGUGUACCGAUCUGAAUUAUUGUCUUAGUUGUGGCCCGGGAAAGUUCGGGGAUCUUUGUCAGUACACUUGUAACAACGAAAAUUGUCACUGUAAAGCGUUCGGUGGCUGUGACAGAUGCAGAAAUGGUUACUACUCUCCCAGGUACAACUGCGUGUACCAGUGUAGACGAAACUGUGCGACGUGUACAUCGUUUUCAUCUUGUCAAUCCUGUAUAGAUGGUAGAUAUGGGGACUUCUGUCAGAACACGUGUUCAAAACAUUGCCUGAACAAUAGAUGUGACAAGGACAGUGGCAUGUGCCGAUGCGAUCCACACUUCACGGGAAACGACUGCGAUAAUUGUGCCCCUGGUAGAUAUGGCGAAAAUUGUGAGCACGCCUGCUCCAGUGGAUGUACAGAUGUAUGCGAUCCAGCCACAGGGUCUUGUAGCUGCUCAGCUCUCUUUAAAGGACCAAGGUGCGACGUUUGUGUGGAUGGGAAAUAUGGGGACUUAUGUUCUGAUGACUGCCCAGUCCAGUGCAGUAGAUGUUUAAAUGCUACGGACUGUUCAUCAUGCAACCCCGGGUUUAACGAUGAGACCAUGAUAUGCCAAUGCAGGUCUGACUUAUGUUCGAAUGCUGAGUGCACGUCAUGUAUGAUGAGUAUAUAUUACCCUAAAGACGGUAACUGCUGUCCUUGCAGCGAUAUUUGCGAUAACAUGGAAUGCCUUUCGGAGACUGAAUGUAAGAACGGAUGUGUGGAAGGAUAUUUUGGCGACGGGUGUGUUGAAAAAUGUGAUGGUAUUGACGUUAAUUGUCUGGCAUGCUCUCUGUCUUCAAGCUGGCCUUCUAGUCCAAAGUGUGACAGAUGUCUCACCGGCUUCUAUCUUUCAGGAGACAUAGAGUGUGCCGACAUUGACGGACGGUGCUUGCAUGGGUGCGUGGAUGGAUUUACAGGGAGGAUGUGUAAUCAGGCUUUACUAGAAGGAAAUUCCGCUUUUGGCAUGCUCCCAGCAACCGCCUUUUGGGGAAUUAUUGUUGCCGCAAUUGUGCUCCUUGUCAUCAUUGUUGUAAUCGUCAUCUGUGUUGUGCGAAGGAAAAGAAAAUCUACAAACAAUAAAAGUGUACUUGUUGUAACAAAAGUCUCCUUACCUAUUCAAUGCGCUUCUUUUUACUUUUUAUACAGGAGAAAACAUUCCUUGAAAACGGAAGAAAAGACGAAAAACGGAAACGGAUAUGCCAAUCCGGAGUUCCUUCCAGACGGGGGUUUCCUUGUACAUGCGCACUCGCUUGAUGACGUCACAGACAGUUGCCACCCAAUACAAAACAGUGAUGCUGAGGAAGAAAGUGACGGUAUCUACGAAAACCAGUCCACUCUGAAAGUGAGAGACAAACCAGUGGCAAGACCCCGCCCAAGCCCCAGCCCAAGGUCCGAGUGCAGAGAUAACAAGAUAACGGUGCAAGCUCUACCGGGACAUGUUGCCUCCAAAAAUAUGGACAACUAUAAGGAUGACUUUAAGAAAAUCCCCACGGGUCUACUAAAGCCAUACAGCGCCUCACAACUAGUGGCCAAUGUCAACAGAAAUAGAUACAGGGGAAUCUACCCAUAUGAUGACAGCAGAGUGAAAGUGGAAGGCUACUUCCCCGACUACAUAAAUGCUAGUUUCAUUCACGGAUUCAAAAGGCAAAACGAAUAUAUCGCUACACUUGGUCCUACCAGUGCACAGCUUGGAGACUAUGGCAUCUUCUGGAGCAUGGUCUGGCAAAAUAACGUUGAGAAAAUCGUCAUGUUGGCAAACAUAAUUGAGCUUGGGUCGUUUUCGAUGCAGUGCGAACAGUACUGGCCAGACACGGGAACCACGGAGGUAUACGGGGACGUCGAGGUCAAAGGGGAAAUUGAGGAGGUGUAUGCAGAGUUCACCAGGAGGGUGUUCCGAUUGUCUAAGGACAGUGCAGUUAGAGAGAUACACCACUUACAAUACACAGUGUGGCCGGACAAGGGGAUUCCUGAGGACGUCACCUCCAUGGUUGAGUUCCGCCACAGGGUUAUCACUACGCCCUCCAAACACCUCGCUCCUACCAUUGUUCAUUGCAGUGCUGGUGUUGGACGAACAGGCACGUACAUUGCGCUGGACAUUCUGGCCCAGCAGGGAGAGGUAGAUGGCGCCGUGGAUAUUCCAGGCUGUGUGAUGGACCUGAGACAGAACAGACCCAAGAUGGUCCAAACUGUGGAACAGUAUGAAUUUCUUCACAGGGCCCUCUUAUUUGCGUUAACAAUGAAACCGGAUCAAAUAAAACAAGAUGACAUCUCUAUAUGCUUGCAAGAGCUUGACAAGGAAACACUAAUGGACCAUUUUCAGCAACUGGAGAACCACGCCCAAACUCAGUUAAAAUCCCACGUGUUGCAUAUCGAGGACAUACAGGACGCCACAAAGCCGUGCAGUUUCCAUACUACAACGACGGAUGACCAUCGCCCAAAGCUUUAUGGAGAAGCUGGAACGACUGAAUACCAUGAUGCCAUGUACAUCGAUGUAAUAUUUUACAGUUUAGCUUUGGUUAAAAUUGUUUUAUUCAAGUACUAA